AUGACGCUGGACAAUCACACAACAGAAUCUACCGCCGCAACAGCCGCGACAAAAUCUACAGCCGCCACAGAAUCAACAACAUCUACAGCCGCUACAGAAUCUACAGCCGCUACAGAAUCAACAACAGCUACAGCCGCUACAGAAUCAACAGCAGCUACCACAAAAUCUACAGCCACCACAACCGCCAUGGACUCUACAUCUACGGCAGAAUCUACAGCUACCACGGAAUCUACAGCUACCACUGAAUCUACAGCCGCCACAGAAUCUACAGGUACCAUAGAAUCUUCAGGAACCACAGAACCUACAGCCGCUACAGAAUCUACAGGUACCACAGAAUCUACAAGUACCAUAACAUCGACAGCUGCCACAGAAUCUACAGGUACCAUAGCACCUACAGCCGCCACAGAAUCUACAGCCGCCACAGGAUCCACAGCUUCCACAGAAUCUACAGCCGCCACAGGGUCCACAACUACCACAAAAUCUUCAACCACCACUGAAUCUACAGCUGCCACCGGACACUUCCAAACCACAGCCUUCACAAACCUGUCCUACACCACAAACUCUACAGAAACCGUCCUGGUUCCUCAGACAAUCGAGGCGCCCUGCUCGUCCAUCGCCGUGGCGAAGACCUGCCUGAUGGUCAUAGCGGCUCUGGCGGCUGUGGCCACGGUCUUCAUGGUCUGCAGUAUCGUCCUCUGCACCAAGCUGUCGUCCAGGAGGUUCAGGCUCAAGAGGCAGCAGCGAGGCACCGAGCUGAUGUGUUUGUCCUCGGUCCAGCUCCAGCGCUCGCAACCUGCGGCCCGCUACACCCGGCAGCGCAGCCCGGUGCCCAACGGCGUCCUGGUCCUUCACCGUGACGAAGACAGCGACGAGGAGAACGGAGACAACCUGACGCUCAGCAGCUUCCUCCCGGAGAACGACCGAUAUGUGUAG